AUCUAUUUGGGCCCAAGCUCGGGUUGACAUACUUAUCUUAGCUUCUGUAUUAAUUUAUAUAUCCCUUUUUCGACCUUCCGUUUUCAAUGACGCACAUGUUUCAUCAACAGUAAGCAGCGACUGAUAAUUUCAUCAUGGAUAACAAUCAAAAGAAGCGAUCAGGGUUCUUUGCUAACUCGCCUUAUGAUCAACCAAUGAAUGUCCCAGUCACAUCUGGACCUGCUGGGAGUAUAAUGUCGCCAUACAUGAACUUUGAUCCAAAGUAUUUACCAACCAAGGAUGAUGGCUUCAUUUUCCCUGAGGGUGCUGGUCGACAACGAGGAAGAUUUGAAAUGGCGUUUGCACAAAUUGGAGGAUCAAUCUUUGCAGGUGGAGCAGCUGGUGGAAUGAAUGGUAUUUAUACUGGUUACAGAGAGAUUAAAGGAGCUACAGACAUGUCAACUGCUGUAAAGAGAACACAGAUGUUAAAUUUUAUAGGUAAAAGAGGAGCAGCAUCAGCACAGUCAGUAGGUGUAAUAGCUUUGUUGUACAGUUUAUUUGGUGUUGGAUUACAGUUAGCCCGAGGUGAAGAUGAUGAAUACAAUACAAUAACAGCAGCAACUGCUACCGGUCUUCUUUACAAAUCUGCAGGUGGACUCCGGAAGUCCUUAAUAGGAGGGGGAGUUGGACUUGGUAUAGCAGCAGCUUAUGUUUUAUUUAUGAAAUCAGACACUUUCAAAUCAUACAUGACCAGAAGUAGAUAAAACUGCCAGCAUAAAUGAAUGUGUGUAUGGUGUUGUAAAUACAGGAGUAUAUGAAUGUGUAUGGUGUAGUGUAUACAUGUGUGGUGUAGACAUAUGUAUGUAUGUAUUAUUUUCAUGUGUGACUGAAUGCAAGUUGUGUGUGUGUGAUUGAUAUGAGAUAUGUGAUGAGUUUUUAAAUAGUUUAUAAUUAAACUGUACUUGAUGUAAGGAA